AGCAGCGCCGCAGCAGCGGUUGCCUGGUGACGGUCGCUGUGUGCCCCAGCCCGGCCGGUAGAGCAUACUGAGAUGGACCUGACAUGGAAUACUGGCAGAGUUUCUCAUCCAGACUCAGCUGCAGACCAGGUGACUGAUUUGAGUUGGCGAGGCAACCUAAAUCUCAGUCCACUGAUUAAAGAUGAUGGAGAGCUACUUGUGGAUGAAUACCUUUCCCCCAGGAAACUGAAAAUUUUGAUAGGGGUAGAUGAUCUGCAGCAAGUGAAUGCCCUAGAAAUGCGAGUAGAUACAAGAGAGAACAGCUUGGGGAACUUUGGUGCCUAUCUACCUAAUCUGAGAGAACUGCAGUUGAACAAUAGCUUGCUUAUGUCUGUGAGGGAUCUUGGAACCACAUUGUCCCAUCUCUACAUCUUGCGGAUGGCUCACUGUGGGCUCUCAGAUUUAGAUGGGAUCUCUUCAUGCAGUUCUCUAAGAGAACUCUACAUAGCUUAUAACAAUAUCUCUGACCUGAGCCAGCUGCCCUGGCUGGACCACCUUGAAGUUUUGGACCUGGAAGGGAACAAUAUUGAGGACAUCAACCAGAUGCACUACCUGGGACUUUGUUGCAAGUUGCGCCACCUGACAGUGGAGGGCAACCCUAUCUGUCUGAAGCCAAAUGCAGAAUCUGCAGAGGAAGCAGAUUAUAAUUACAGAGCUGAAGUAAAAAAACUCAUUCCCCACUUGGAGUAUUUGGACGAAAUACCAGCAAGCCACACUGCUCUCCUUCUUUCCAAUAAGAUGCAUGAGGACUGGCUAAUCAUCAAGGAAUCCAUCAAGGAAGGUGGUUUAGCUGGCGGCUUUUCAUGGUUAGAUCCAUGUCAUGGGGCAGUAGCAAGGCAGCCUAGAUGGAACCCAAGACCCCCGACAACUUCCAGACCUGGCACUGCACAGUCAUCUGCUCAUGCAGGGCAAUCUAGCAGUGCCUGCCUCUUGUAUGGUGGCUGUCCUCUUCCAGAUCCCACUGUUUCUGAUGAGCUGUUCACAGAAGACGACUGCAGUGAUUUGAUACAUGGACUCAGUCAAGUUACGUGUGGGAACCACACCGAGGCUCCUUGUGCAAGGAGGCAAAAGCUAGGUCCACCUGCAGCGAGCCCUUUGGAACUCUGUGGUCUGAGGACAGAAAACCUUUACAGCUCUGCAGGAGGAGGAAGUCUGCACCAGGAAGAUGUGCUCUCCGAACUGAGCGCCAAGAGAGAGCAGCAAAAGAGGUGCCUGCAUAGAGGACAGCAAGAAAAAGUCACCCAAGCACUGAAGGUAACUCUCAGUGAUAAGGAAGAGGGUGAAGACUCCAGCCUGACUGACAGUUAUGAAGGUGCAUUGAGUGAGACCUCUGAUACGGACCUCAUUGAAAGGAUUUCACUUGAUUCUUCUUGCCACUCCUGUCUCUCCCAGUCUUCCUCAGGUUCAUCACAGGCUCAGGAAGGUGCAGUGUCCUCCAACCCAAGCCGCUGCCUAAUUCCAUCUCCUCCAAAAACCCCUUCACCUGCAUCUGUAACAGGUGUCGCAGGAGGAUCCUGGAAAAAAAGGAACCACAGGAUAAGAUGCCUAAAAACACCCAGCCAAGAGGACAGGCAGUGGAUACAGCAAUGCCAGCCAAGGGCUCAUCAAGAAACUUCAGCCCAGCCUCUGGGCAAGAAAUGUGCUCUUCUGAGCCAGCACAGCAUGCUGGCUGCCUCUGGAUCUCCAGGGCAGCACCAGACUGCUGGGAGCACUGGCCGGCAAAGGCCUAUUUCAAUACCAACAGCUGUUGGAUCAACAAGCAUCAGGCCCAUUGUGGAUGAGAGCCCUCCUGGAGAGAUCAACCACUACCAGCCAGCUGUCUGCUCAUCCACAAAAGCCUCAGAGAGACCUGGACUGAUGAACACUGCUUGGCCCCUGACUGCCAGGGCCAUUCUGCAGCCAUUGCCACACAGACCCACUUCCCCAACAUCUCAGAAGAGAAGUCCCCAGUCAUAGAAGAUACCUAUGUGGCAGUAUGUGUAGGAUCUACAUACACAGCACAGUCUUGAAGGAUUGAUGCUCUCUUCUUUCAGCUUCUUCUACAAGCUAAAUGCAGAGCUGUGCAAGUAGAGCAGUUCAAACAAAUGACAUGAUUUGCCUCAAUCAAGACUACAGCUGGUCCAGAACUGCUUUCUUCAAAGAGCACCUGCUGAUCAACAGAAGAGCUAAUAAACCUCUUAUUAUAGACAAACAUGGUUAUUUUUGCAGCCUUCAUGCACUAAAACAGAGCAAGUCCUAGUGUAUUUCCUGAUCCACAUUGUGCUCUACUCUGUGAGUCAGGCAGGGACACUGAACCAAGCAGAACGUGGUGCUUGCAGUUUGUGGAGCUGGCUGGAGGAGGUGAGGGACAGAGCAUUCCUUCUCAUUCUUAUCCUCCUGAUCUAGCAGCAGCCCACAAUGCACCUUAUGCAGCCCUGGAUGUUUAACAUGUAAGGGACAAGCCAAGGGCUUGGGAGGAAGCAAUGUCUGGAGCAGGUUGUAAGGGGAGUGUGCAUGGCCUGAGGAAGAGCCCAGGAAGGUCAAGUGUUUUCAGAGCUCAUGCUCCCCCAGGAGCUCACCCAUUCACAGGCAUCUGAGGAUCUUGUUGCCUACAUUGCUAUGGGAGACAGUGCUAACAAAGUGGCUUGCAAUAUUAACAUUUUUGUUUGCUCCUUAGCUACGUGGAAGGAUUUAUCUUGUUUCCUAUGGAUAGAGGCAUACUGGAAUGUCAUUAGCAUGUAAGCAAGAUGUCAAGAGCAUCCUCUGCAUGUGCCUUUAGUGUCAGGCAUCCCAUCUCUAGCUUUUUAGACCAAAUAGACUUCUAAUUUCAUAUGACUGAAUAAUUUUAAGUAAUGCUGCCACAAAGACAAGGCAGGGAAGUAAGGGAAAAAUCCUUUUUUUUCUUUUUUUUUUUCAAUAGGGCAUUUAUUUGUUUUACAUUUGGGUGAGAUUCAAACCAUUGAUUUGAGUGACUGCAGACUGAGAUGCUGAUCCAGAUGACUGGGCCUUAAAACUUCAUUGCUGUUGCAGUCUGAAACCAUGCAUCAUUGCAUUUUUUCCAGUUUAAAUUACUCUGCUGGAGAUAUGUUUUUAAAAUGGUUGAUAAACAGUGAUUACAUGACAGGUUAACGAAUUGGUUUAUGUUUUCUUUCUGCUGGUCAGCUUAAUGUAGAGGAGCAGAAUAAUACAGAAAACACCAAAACUUUGUCUCAUCAUAGUUAUACUUGUACCACUUUUCCCUACAAAAUAGUCUGGAGCUUUAAGAUAAUUUGCCCAGUUUCGGCAAGUCCUAGAGGAAUUCAUCCAUCAAAAAUCAUUAAAACCUAUGAGGUAUGUGAUCCUGUGCAAUAUUAUGGGCGCAGGCAGGAUUUCCCAUCAGGUGUCGCCCAACACCAGUGCCCGUGUCCUGAAACAGGCUCCUAAAAUUCAGUUUUUGCCAGUGUUGCUGACCAUGAUCACCAUAAAACCAAAAAUCUGGCACAGAGAAUGGGGGAAGACUUAUUAGUUCUCAGCACAUGACACCUUAGCAGGUAGCAGAGCCAAGCAUUGGUGGACAGCUCUGAGGCUUGAGUUUUUGUGUACCACCUUUGUUGUGUCUCUUCUGGGUGAUCUGACCUGCUGAGUAGUAUGUGCAAGAGUAUGUGCUCUGAAGCUAAACGCAUAACGUGACUCAGCACCAGGCUGUCAUGCUUGGAGCAGCAGGGAGGCUUGUUAAGAGAGCAAGCCUGUGAUCACAGACAGACCUGAUGACUGGAAGAGGGCUGGUUGUCUCCUCUGCCAGGAGUGGGUGCACCUCAAGGCUGCCAUGCUGUUGUCACAGUUUCCAGGACAAGCAAAAUAAAUAAGGCCGCUGCAGAUCAGAUCUGCACAGCUGUAACAGAUGCACAGAGGAAAUUGUUCUCUAGUUUUAGCCUCUGUUCAUCUACCUUCCACCUUUUUCAUCUAGAAAAUGUAAAAGCCAGCCAGGGCUUUAUGUGCUUAUUAUGAAAUGUCAGGCAUGAUGGGCUACCCAGGAAUUCUGUUCUCCUGUCCCAGAAAGGAAAUAUAUGGGGAGUUUCACUCUGAGUUUUGUCACUGGUUCCUCUGCUAAAAUUCUGUGUUGGUCUAUUGAGUACAGACAAAAUCCUUUAAUGAAUGAGCUUAUUCCUAUCCCUGCCGUUGUAAACUCUAUUAAUAUUUA